ACGUAAUUUACAAGAAUACGUUUGAUUGGUCGACUACAGAGCCCUCUUUCAGUGACCGACAGAAGAGAGAUGGCGUCGUCCAAGGUGAAAGCUUCACAACAGCCUCGGGCUGACAGCUACCGAGUAGCUAUCACACCAGGUGGGGAAGAUGUCAAGAAAAGCAAGAAAAAGAGGAAGAAGGAGAACUUGGAUGAGCUCAAACAGGAGCUUGAAAUGGACGAGCACAAGAUCCCAAUUGAAGAGCUGUAUGAAAGGCUUGGCUCUGAUCCAAACAAUGGUUUGACCACUGAGAGAGCUGCUAUGGUUUUGGCCAGAGAUGGCCCCAAUGAGCUGACACCACCCCCUACUACACCUGAAUGGGUCAAGUUUUGUAAACAGUUGUUCGGCGGUUUCUCCAUGCUUCUGUGGAUUGGAGCCAUCCUCUGUUUCAUCGCGUACUCCAUCCAAGCCAGUCAGUAUGACGACCCUCCAGGUGAUAACUUGUACCUUGGAAUUGUGUUGACCGGUGUCGUCGUUGUUACUGGAUGUUUCUCAUACUACCAAGAAGCCAAGAGUUCCAAGAUCAUGGAUUCCUUCAAGAGCAUGGUCCCUCAGUUUGCCCUGGUGACACGAAGUGGAGUGAAAAUUGACACCAAAGCCGAAAAUCUUGUGGUGGGUGAUGUCAUUGACGUGAAGUUUGGGGAUCGUGUGCCAGCAGAUGUCCGUGUUAUAUCCGCACAAGGAUUUAAGGUUGAUAACUCUUCCCUGACUGGAGAAUCUGAACCAUGUUCCCGCUCAGCUGACUUCACCAAUGAAAACCCACUUGAAACAAGAAAUCUUGCUUUCUUUUCCACAAAUGCUGUUGAAGGUAUAUGUCGUGGCAUUGUUGUGAAGACCGGAGAUAAAACUGUGAUGGGACGUAUUGCCAAUCUUGCCUCAGGUCUCGAGGUUGGAGAGACUCCCAUUGCAAAGGAAAUUGGCCAUUUCAUCCACCUCAUCACCGGUGUCGCUGUGUUCCUCGGCGUCUCCUUCUUCAUCAUUGCUUUCAUCCUCGGAUACUUCUGGCUUGAUGCUGUCAUUUUCUUGAUCGGUAUCAUUGUAGCUAAUGUGCCCGAAGGUCUCCUCGCUACUGUUACAGUGUGCUUGACUCUGACUGCCAAACGUAUGGCCCUUAAGAACUGUCUUGUGAAGAAUCUUGAGGCUGUCGAGACCCUUGGAUCUACUUCCACCAUCUGCUCUGAUAAAACUGGAACACUCACCCAAAACAGAAUGACAGUCGCCCACAUGUGGUUCGACGGACACAUUGUUGAGGCUGACACAAGUGACGAUCAGUCAAAUGCCACCUACGGCGCUGGUGAUGAGACCUGGAUGUCUCUGGCCCGUGUCUCUAUGUUGUGUAACAGGGCUGAGUUCAAAUCUGGCCAAGAAAAUGUACCCGUCUUGAAGAGAGAGUGUAACGGAGAUGCCUCCGAGUCUGCCCUGCUCAAGUGUGUGGAACUGUCUAUUGGCGAUGUGACUGGCUUCCGUCACAGGAACAAGAAAAUCUGUGAAAUCCCCUUCAACUCCUCCAACAAAUACCAGGUGUCUGUUCACGAGACAGAGAUCCCUGAUGAUCCUCGCUACUUGUUGGUGAUGAAGGGAGCUCCUGAAAGGAUUCUGGACCGAUGCUCAACUGUCUUGUUCAAUGGCAAGGAUAUCGCAUUGGAUGACAACUUCAGGACUGCCUUCAAUGCUGCUUACAUGGAGUUGGGAGGUCUUGGAGAACGUGUCUUAGGUUUCUGUGACCAUUUCCUUCCCACGGACCAGUUCCAGCCAGGAUACCCCUUUGACAGUGAGGAGGAAAACUUCCCUCUGACUGGGCUCCGUUUUGUCGGCCUCUUGUCCAUGAUUGAUCCCCCUAGGGCCGCUGUACCUGAUGCUGUUGGAAAAUGCAGAAGUGCUGGAAUCAAGGUUAUCAUGGUUACUGGUGAUCAUCCUAUCACAGCCAAGGCUAUCGCUAAGGGUGUCGGUAUCAUCUCCGACGGCAGCAAGACUGUAGAGGACAUCGCAGCUGAGCGUGGAAUCAGCGUUGAGGAUGUUGACCCCAGAGAUGCUCGCGCAGCUGUCAUCCACGGAGCUGACCUCAGGGACAUGACCCCAGCCCAGAUUGAUGAAAUCCUCCGAGACCAUCCUGAGAUUGUGUUUGCCAGAACUUCACCACAACAGAAGCUGAUUAUUGUGGAGGGUUGCCAAAGGCAGGGACAGAUCGUGGCGGUCACUGGUGAUGGUGUCAAUGAUUCUCCCGCUCUCAAAAAGGCUGAUAUCGGUGUUGCUAUGGGCAUUGCUGGAAGUGACGUGAGCAAACAGGCUGCUGACAUGAUCUUGUUGGAUGACAACUUUGCGUCCAUUGUUACAGGAGUAGAAGAGGGCCGUCUGAUCUUUGACAAUCUGAAGAAGUCUAUUGCCUACACCCUUACAUCUAACAUCCCCGAGAUCAGCCCCUUCCUGUUCUUCAUCCUCCUCGAUAUCCCUCUGCCCCUCGGAACCAUCACCAUCCUGUGUAUUGACCUGGGAACUGACAUGGUACCCGCUAUCUCACUGGCCUAUGAAGGACCCGAGAGUGACAUCAUGAAGAGACAGCCCCGUGAUCCUGUUAAGGAUAAACUAGUCAAUGAAAGAUUGAUCAGUAUGGCCUAUGGACAGAUUGGUAUGAUCCAGGCCUCUGCCGGAUUCUUUGUCUACUUUGUCAUCCAUAGUGAGAAUGGUUUCUGGAUCAGCAAGCUUCUGGGUAUACGUGAACAGUGGGACGCCCAGGCUGUCAAUGAUUUGCAGGAUUCCUAUGGACAGGAAUGGACCUACGACCAGCGGAAGACUCUGGAGUACACCUGUCACACCGCUUUCUUCGUGUCCAUUGUGGUGGUCCAGUGGGCCGAUCUCAUCAUCUGUAAAACAAGGAGGCUUUCUCUGUUCCAACAGGGAAUGAAAAAUCACCAUCUUACAUUUGGGCUGUUCUUUGAGACAGCACUGGCUGCAUUCCUUACAUAUUGCCCAGGUCUUGAUCAGGGUCUCCGUAUGCAAAAUCUUCGGUGGACUUGGUGGUUCCCCGCUAUGCCAUUCAGUUUGGCCAUCUUUAUUUAUGAUGAAAGCAGAAAGACCAUCAUCAGGCGAAGCCCAGGCGGAUUUGUGGAACGGGAAACCUAUUAUUAACAAAAAGACAAACUUAGAUUUUUUCAAUUGUAUAAAGAAUUUUCAAUUUAAUGGAAUGUGUUUAUAUAAAAUGAUGUAGAUUCGGUCUGGUAUCGGCAACAACAUCUCAUGAGAAGUGAUUGUAGAUAUGUACUGUUGGGCUUGGUGGUGACGUGAUCUCCGUCAGGAAGGCCCGCCGCAAUUGGUGAAAGCAAAAUCUUUUAAUAGAAAAUUUUGUAUCAGUUUGUGACAUGAAGAAGAUCGAGAUGGACAAAACGAUGUAACUAUCUUUGUACAUUAAUAUUAUCAUAUUGCCAUAAUAUCACAGGAUGUAAGGAAUAAAGAUGACAGAUUCUGUUUGAUUUGGUUUAUAGUGAAACAAAUAACAAUAUUUGCACUGAAAUAGGCCGACGAUAACCUGAGGCUUGAAUUGGAUCUAGGAGAUAUGUAUGUGCCCGUAUGUGUUGUCGUGUAGGUGUUUUUGUAUGGGUGUUUGGUCCCUGUGCUGGACAGUUUGUGGCGUCGACUUAAGUGAAACCAUAUGAUUUUAAAACUUGUUUUUAUUACUUCUACUCCGAUUCAUUUUACAUAUACUACAUUGUUAUACAUUAUGAAAAUUAUUUCAAGAAAGGACACAAUAUAUUCAUUCAUGCCUCUAUAGGUAAAACAUCUGAAUUUCCCAUGUUUCCAGUGUUUGUAGUGUGAAUUUGCAUUUAUAGAAGCAAAAGGUCUGAAUACCUGGGAAUAUGUUGCAAUAAUUUAUCAAAAUGAAUCAAAAUAAAACGGCGUUAUACCCUUUUGAUUGUGUUAAGCUAAUUUUAGGGGUUGUCUGAAAAGAAUUUAUAAGAUCUGAUUAUGUAAAGGAAAUAUAUUUGCCGGAAGCCACGGGCAGAAUAACGGAAACCAAAGCUGUCCUUUUGUUUUUAUAUCGAAAGAUUUUAAUACCGUUUUUUAAAUUAAUUUCUACUUAUUGUUUUAUGUACUGCAGAUUUAGCAAAGGUUGUAGGGCAACUGAUUAGGAGUGUGGUUAGACAGUCAUAACAUUUUAUAAUGGGAACAAUAAACACCUGGAACAGGUCGACCUAGAGUUGUGUUCAUUGCAGUAUUAGAGUUAUCUUUCCUUGCAGGAUGUCUUUGAUAAUGUAAUGUUUAAUAUUCGACCUUUGUUGAUUUUCUGCAAUUUCUUUUUUUUUUAGUUGUGUUAAAAUCGCUUAAUGAAAAUUUUGCACGUAGAGAAACCUAGCGUAAAUUUUGUACAGAUGUAGAGGAAAAAUAUAUAAAAAAAAAAUGGUCUGGUCCCCGUUUCACCCAGGAAUCUUGCUUCUUGCGUCGUUUGCAGAACCAUAUUGACACUUGUCAUUGCAAGUUUGUUUUGUCAAAUGGGGAUCUGGUUUGUUAGGUAGAGAUUUUUAAAUGCAUUUAUCGUGAUAUAUUUUUCAAGGUUAACAUUUAUUUGUUAAACAUAUUUGGUUGAGAUUGCACUGAGAUGCUCUUUUUGGGAUAUUUGCAGUGAAAUGUUAAGGUCGAUAUUUGCAGUGGAUAUCCACGAGAAGAUUUGCCUUCAACUUUUCACAUGGAUAUUUGCAGUAAAAUGUUUAUACUGUUCGAUGUGUAUGUGAAGAUUUAGUCAAAUGCUCCUGUGGAUAUUUGCAUUACCAUAUAUAUAUAACACAAGAAUGCAUAUGUUGUGAAUUGUUUAUGUAUUUGUGUUGCUAUUCAUCUUUGCUCAUACCUUCUGUCCUAGAUGAUAUAGAGACCUAGGCAUACAUCAAGUAUACGCAACAGAAAGUGGACGAGCUACAUUCCAAGAUAUGGUACCUCUUAUGUAUGUCAAGGCCAAUAACUCCGUACCAAUAUUUAGGCAUAAUAAUAAUAAUAAUAUAUAACCAAGCAAUACAUUUUUCAUUAAAUUGAAAAGAAAGAAAUCAGGAAAGCUAUUGUUUUAAUUGUUUUUGUUUCUUUUUUUCUUAAUUUUUUUUUUGCUGUUGAUAUUUUUAAUUGAAAACUUUUGUGCAAAAUAAGUCAUCUUGCCUGAAAGUCUGGGAGAGUUCUGAUUAGACUUCUAUACAAGUCCGUUAUGAAAGUAGGAUUUUUUGUUAUUUUCUGCAUUAUUACUAUAAGGACUCGAUUAGGACAUCCCGUAAAUGGUGGUGUAGAGAUUUUUAUCAUGGGGAUACACAGAAAAUUAUAUUACCAGAUGUAUAAUUAAACGUGGGUCUUUUGUCUUAUGAACAUUCACUAUUCAAUUGCCAAAGGUAUAAAUAUUGUCAAGUUGAACAACUUAUAGCUGUACCAAUAACACUAGACCAAAGUGAGUUACAAAGGCCUGGGUAGUUGGUGUGGAUUCCUCUGCUUCCUAGGGCGUUUCUGACGAUGUUGAAUUUAAACUCUGUUAAAUAUGCAUGUUGUGAUUGACCUACAGCUUGUCUUACCACAUUUUUUGAACUAGAACAGGUCACUUGCGCAAUCAUUCCUUAACCUGUCCUUUGUGUUGUUUUGUAUGACCUAUGACCUUUACAUCAAGGUCAAGUCAUUGAGUGAUUGACCUUUGACCUGUGCUGUGAUACUGAGUCGGAUGACCUGGGUGUCUGGAGUUGUGUUAUUUAGUCAGAACGGUCACUAGUGAAGUCAGAUUAGUGCGGAGACCUUUUUUUCCUUCGGACGUCUUUCAUUUCUUUGUGUAUUGGAAUUCUCACGCCAUAACAGAUAACUGACACCUGAAACUUUGAUGAAAUAAACCUUUUAGAUCUAAA